AUGAAAUGUGUUUUCUUAGGAUAUCCUGAUGGUGUUAAAGGUUAUAGAUUGUGGCUUAGAAGCGUACCCGACUUUAAGGUCGUUAUAAGUCGUGAUGUUGUGUUCAAUGAAUCUGAAAUGCCAUGUUUAAUUACUUCUUUGCCUGCUCCUUUACCUGAUGAAUCUGAAAAUGCUCCAAAUGCGGUGGAGCAAUUGAGUGGUUUAAGUGAUUUCGAUAAUUUUGAAAAUAUGCAUGCUGAAACUGAAACCGAACGUGUUGUGUUUGAUAAUCGACAUGCUGAAAUUGCUGAAAAUGAAUCUGUUACAGCUGAAACUGAAAAUCAGCAUGCUGAAAAUGGUGAAAAUGUCGAUGUGCAUGAUGAAUAUGUGGAAAAUGUGCCUGAAAAUGAUGUUGAUUUGCAUGAUUAUCAACUUGCUAGAGAUAGGACUAGAAGGGAGCGUAAGAAACCUUCUAAGUUUGAUGAUUUUCACAUGACUUCGAAAAACUCUGUGCUUUUUCUUAAACAAAUUUCUUAUGUGGAGAAGAUUUUGAGUAAAUUUUCUAUGUCGUCCGCAAAGUCCGUGAACAUUCCCUUUGCUGCCCACAUUGUGCUAAGUAAGGAUCAGUCUCCUAAGACUGAUUCUGAAAUUGAUUUGGUGAAAAAUGUGCCUUAUUCAAAUGCAAUUGGUUCUGUGAUGUAUCUUAUGGUUAGUACUAGGCCGGAUAUUGCAUAUGCUGUUAGUUGUUUGAGUAGGUACAUGUCUAAUCCGGGUAUGCCUCAUUGGGAAGCUCUUAAAUGGUUGUUACGUUACUUGAAUGGUUCUAUGCAUGUUGGUCUGAAAUUUUCUAAGUGUUCUGAAGGUGUUAAACUUGUUGGCUAUGUUGAUUGGAAUUAUGCUAAUGGUAGAGAUAAUAGGAAAUCAACAACUUCAUAUGUGUUUACUUUGUGUGGCUCUUGUGUGAGUUGGAAAUCACAACUUCAGCAUAUUGUUGCCUUGUCUACGAUCGAAUCUGAAUAUGUGGUUGUAACUGAGGCCUUGAAAGAGGCUGUUUGGUUGAAGGGUCUUUUAUGUGAAAUCGAUUUGCUUGAAAAAGAUGUUAUUGUGUUUUCUGAUAGCCAAUCGGGGAUUCAAUUGUGUAAAAAUCCUGUUUUUCAUGAUCGCACUAAGCAUAUAGACGUUAGGUUCCAUUUCAUACGUGAUAUUGUGUCUAAAGGCUUAAUUAAUCUUGAAAAAAUUGCAUCCGAGUUUAACCCCGCUGAUAUGGGAACUAAGUGCUUACCUGUUGAAAAAUUCAGAUCGUGCAUGAGAACUUUCAACUUCGAUUCGUGUGAUUGA